AUGUCACUGAGCGACCACCCCAAGGCCUACGGCACCGCCGCCUUGGUGGUCGCCUUUACCGCUGGUGUCCUCGUGACCCUAGGUUUCAAGGACGUAUAUCCCGAGCUCGAGAGCCGCUUCCAAGAGAAGCGCCGGGUCCGGGCCAGAGGGCCCGCGGGCAAGCGACGCUCUAGCAUAUUCUGGGGCAGCGCGCCCGUCACCCUAGAAGACCACGAGCAGGACACCGCCGACUUCCGCUCGCCCUCCGACGGCAUCCUGGAGGACGGCAUCGCCGGCUGCAUCGGCAGCACGCCGCUCAUCAAGCUGCGCUCCCUCUCCGAGGCCACGGGCCGCACCGUGCUCGCCAAGGCCGAGUUUCUCAACGGCGCCGGCGGCAGCCCCAAGGAUCGGGUGGCGCUCGGCAUCAUCCGCGCCGCCGAGCGCGAGGGCCUGCUGCGCCCGCACCGCGGCGACACAAUCUACGAGGGCACCGUCGGCAGCACCGGCAUCUCGCUCGCCGCGCUCGCCCGCGCCCUCGGCUACCGCACCCACAUCUGCAUGCCCGACGACCAGAGCCGCGAGAAGUCGGACCUGCUCGCGCACCUCGGCGCCGCCGUCGAGCGCGUCCCCGUCGCGCCCAUCACCAGCCCAGACCACUUCGUCAACCUAGCGCGCCGCCGCGCCGCCGAGCACACCGCGCGCCAGGCCGACCCCGCCAACGGCGGCGACGGCAGCCGCGGCUUCUUCGCCGACCAGUUCGAGUCGCCGGCCAACUGGCGCGCCCACUUCGCCACCACCGGCCCGGAGAUUUGGCGGCAGACGGGCGGCGGCCGCCUUGACGCGUUCGUCGCGGGCGCCGGCACCGGCGGCACCGUGUCCGGCGUGGCGCGAUACCUGAAGCACCGCGCGGCCGACAACGGCGGCAUCCGCGUCGUGCUCGCCGACCCGCAGGGAAGCGGGCUGUACAACAAGGUUCGGCACGGGGUCAUGUACGCGCCGACGGAGCGCGAGGGCACGCGCCGCCGGCAGCAGGUCGACUCGCUCGUCGAAGGCGUCGGCGUCAACCGCGUGACGGCCAACUUCGAAGCCGGCCGCGACCUCAUCGACGACGCGGUGCGCGUCGAGGACAAGCAGGCGUGCCGCAUGGCGCGCUGGCUGGCCGCGCGCGACGGCGUCUUCGUCGGCAGCAGCAGCGCCGUCAACUGCGUCGCGGCCGUCGCGGCGGCGCUCGCGCUGCCCCCGGGGAGCGUGGUCGUGACGGUGCUAUGCGACUCGGGCGCGCGCCACCUGAGCAAGUUUUGGCGGCGGAUACAGGAGAUGGGCUUGGAGGAGGAGGAGGCGGUGGACAUUGUGGCAGAGUUGGGUUUGGAGAGGCAGGUGUGA